AUGGGGGACGUCCCCGCGCUCUUUGUGCUGGGCCUCACAUGCCCCGUGCGCUAUCUCGUGGUGAAUGGCCCCUACAGUGCCCACGAUACAAGCAAACUGGCGGACAUCCUGCGCGACACGACACCGACCCACCUCAAUAUGUCGAGCAACCUGCAUCAUGGCGACGACUUCCUUACGCAUUUGUUCCCUCCCGAAGUCGCCCCGCAGUUGACACACCUGGUGCUCCUGCUCAAGUAUCGCAAUGAUCAAUGGAGAAACGAACAGAGCAUAGACAUCGUUAAAAAUAUGCAGUGGAACGCGGUCCUCGGCAAGAUAAUAGACUCCAUUCGCGCUCUUCGCCUCACCCACUUCCGUCUCUUCGUCCACUACGACAUCGACCUGGAAGAGAACGUGUACUACGGGCCUUACUCUAAGGAUCUCGUGCUUAGCAUCGCAGAACUGGACCACGCCCACGUCGCCGCGCAGCUCAUGGACGCCGUACCCUCGCUGGAGCACGUCGUCGUGAGUUCGGGCGGCCAGUUUGAAGCGUUUCCCGAUGAGAGGCACUCGAAGCGCGGCCGCUGGUUUGCACACUCCGCAUGGAAGCGCGUGUCCGGCGGACCUCCCGAGAAGCUCGACGAGGACGUGAUGGAGCGCAUGCUGCGCGAGCAGGACCUAGGGCUUUCCCACCGGGAUGAGUUCCAGUUGGGAAUCCAGGACACCUGGGCCGCCGAGGAGACAACGCCAUGGCCCCUCCCGGACUAG